AUGCAUGAUCUUGCCAUUUCAGUGGCCGGAUCGUUGAUCACCACAUUAGAUUAUAAGGAAAGAAACAUUGAUGAGAGAACUCGUCAUGUAUCAGUGGGUUACGAUAUAGAUAUUUCAUCAUUGUGUAAAGCAAGUAAGAUACGGACAUUUCUUUGCCUUAGGGGGCAUGAAUUUUGGGUUGACAUUGAUUGUGAUACAAUUUUUUCAAGUUUUCAGUUGUUGCGUGUGUUGGAUAUGCAUCUAAGAAAUCUUGAUUUUGUGCCAAGCUCUAUUGGUAAGUUGAAGUAUUUAAAAUAUCUUGAUCUUUCUGAAAAUGGUAACAUCAAGGAGCUGCCCGAGUCCAUAACAAGACAUAGCGGUGGGUUAAAAGAGCUAAAUAAACUAAAUAAGCUGAGAGGAGAGUUAGAGAUUAGAGAUUUGAAGCAUGGGAAAGAUGUUGCAUCAGAAUAUAAGGCAAAAAAUUUAAAGGAGAAACAUCUUCAUGCUUUGGAUUUAUGGUGGAGUACAAAAGGAGGUUUCAAUGAUUUGGACGUUAAUGUUGAUGAUGAAAUGUUAUUGGAAGGCCUCCAACCACACCCAAAUCUGCCAAUACUUCGUUUAUUCUUGUAUCGGGGUUCAAGGCUUCCGACUUGGCUUUUGUCACUCACAAAUCUUGUUACAUUUGAAUUACGGAGAGUUGGUCUUGUGGAAUGCGAGCCUGAAGCCACUGCAACAGACAAUGAUGAUGAAUAUGGUAUACGGCAUCUCAUUGCCCUUCAAUACCUGCACCUUUGUAAUUGUCAUGAACUUGAGCUAGCCAAUGAUGAGGAUGGGAUGCAAUGGCAAGGCCUUAAGAGCCUCAUCUCUUUGGAGUUUACACAUCUUCCGAAAUUAGUGUCUCUCCCGUCGGGGCUUCAACACUUGACCACUCUGCAAAGGCUUGAGAUUUCAAAUUGUGAAAACUUGACAGCGAUACCAGAGGGGAUCCACAACUGCACAUCACUUCAAGUGCUUGAAAUUGGUGGAUGCUCCAGUUUGACAUCGCUGCCCGAAGGAAUGGGUAGGCUAACUUCUUUGCGAAGGCUAAAAGUUGAGAAGUGUCCCAUCUUACUGCAAAGAUGCGAGAGAGAAACGGGUGAAGAUUGGACCAAGAUUUCUCACAUCCCAGAGUUAGACUUGCGGUAUCCUCCUCAGCAAAAAGAAAAGUCAAACAUCCAUGCAUCUUCGAUUGCUUAG